AUGAACGAAACAUCGCUCGACGGGCAAAUUGCUUCGAUGGCACUCGUGGAUACCUCCGGAGAUGCGUUCUCUUCGGAGAACCUCACCGGGCUGCCACCGGAAGCCGGUUCAGGGUUGUUUUCGAUGGACAACCUGUUAGCGCUGGCCAUGAACAUGAGCCUGGCAGAGCGGUGUCGGUUGCAGCAGCAGGCAGAAGAGGGGCUGCAGGACGUCGCCUGUCCAUCCUUUUUCGAUAAGGUGUCCUGCUGGCCGCGAACUCCACCGAACACGACGGCCGUGCUGCCCUGCUUUGCCGAGCUCUUGGGAGUGCCAUAUGAUAGUUCGCAGAAUGCAACGCGUUUCUGCAACGUAGACGGCUCCUGGGACAACUACACCGACUACGACCGGUGCGAGCACGUCCUUGCCACGCCGAUGUCAAGCUUCGAGCCGAGCAUCGAGCUGCCGUCGCUGAUCUACUACGUCGGCUACUCGAUCAGCCUGGCCGCGCUGGUGGUGGCCGUGGCCGUGCUGGUGUACUUUAAGGACCUCCGCUGCCUUCGGAACACCAUCCACGUCAACCUGUUCCUCACCUACAUCAUGUCCUCGAGCCUGUGGAUUCUGCUGCUGUCGCUGCAUGAGAACGUCAAACUAGAAAUGAUCGGCUGCCUAUCUCUCAUGACGCUCUUCCACUACUUCAACACGACCAACUUUUUCUGGAUGCUUGUCGAAGGGCUCUAUCUGUAUAUGCUGGUCGUGCAGACGUUUUCCGGCGAUACAUUACGCUUCCGGAAGUACGCCAUCAUCGGUUGGGGUGGACCGUUAGUCUUUGUCAUAGUAUGGGCCAUCGUAAAGCCAUUCUUUCCAACAAGCUCGAGCCUGGAACAUUCAAGCUUGGAAAACCAAAAAAAACUCGAAGUAGAAUGCUCAUGGAUGCGUGAAUCUCACAUCGAUUGGAUCAUCCAGGGCCCGUCCUUUGCCGUGCUGGUUAUCAAUCUCAUCUUUCUCCUGCGCAUCAUGUGGGUCCUGAUCACUAAGCUCCGCUCGGCCAACACCGUCGAGACGCGCCAGUAUCGGAAGGCCUCGAAGGCCCUGCUCGUGCUGAUACCGCUCCUCGGCAUCACCUACCUCAUCGUCAUCUACGGCCCGGACGAGGGAGUCGGGAGCCAGAUAUUCGCCAUAACGCGAGCCAUUCUCCUCAGCACACAGGGUUUCGUCGUUUCGCUUUUGUACUGCUUCCUCAACUCGGAGGUUCGCCAAACGCUGCGGCAUCACUUCUAUCGCUGGCGCGAUGAACGAAACAUUCUCUCCGGAAAAGUAAACAACCAUCAUCGAAGACCGACGUUCAGCAAAGACAACUCGCCUCGCUCGAGGACCGAAAGCACACGUUUGACAACGACCACGUCAGCACCUUUAAUCUGAUCCUGUUUUCUGGCCAUCUCAUUAUUUGUACUGAAUUUUACUGAAAAAUCCAACAUUGAGGUUUUCUCAGUUUUCCCGACCAGAGUCGAUGAAUUUCCCAUCCGUUCCGUGAACGUCAAUAGUCGUCCAGAAACAUGCAUGCAUACCCAC